GGAAGCUAGGAAGCUGCUAUCUUUCUUAGCGCUUUAUUAUGAGAUUUUUAAUGAAUCUUUACAUUUUCUAGUCUAGAUCGAAAUGAUCGCUAUCACUGGAUUUAAACUGAACUUGAGUGAACAUAUUUACAUUUUUUUCGCAUUUCCUAGUGUCUUUGUGUUGAGCAGUGUACAGCAUUGAGGUAGCUGUAGCUGGCUAGCUUGUUGUUAGCUGCGGACAAAUCUGGUGCAGACAGGUUUUGCACUGCAGACACAGCUUCUCUUGUUUGGAAGUCAUUGUUCAUGGGCGGAAAGUUGUAUUAUAUAUAAGGACUGUAAAGACCAUGCAGUUAUAUUACAGACCUAAUGAUUUACUGUGGAUAUGCAAUGUUUUUAAUUAUGCUUUCGCAGCAUUAUGAAUUAAAUCAGUAACGUUGGAUUAGUAACGUAGUAAUAAGACAUUUUAUCUUGGAUCGCCUUAUCUGUUGUAUUGAAAAAAGUGUAUUUACCAAUUGCGUGUUAGCCUAAUAUAACUGUAAUUAUUGAUAAAGGCGAACGUUUGAAUCAACAAAAAUGGAUAAGAAAUCAUUUGAUAUAGUCUUGGAUGAGAUAAGAAAGUGCGUCCUGACCGACCAGCGGAUCAAAGCCAUAGAGCAGGUGCAUGGGUAUUUCUCCAGCGAGCAGGUGAUGGAGAUACUGAAGUAUUUCUCAUGGGCGGAACCACAGAUAAAAGCAGUUAAAGCUCUGCAGCAUAAAAUGGUUGCAAUCCCCACAACCAAAGUUGCAAAUAUCCUGAAUUGCUUCACCUUCUCAAAGGACAGACUGAUUGUCCUGGAACUAAUAGCUUUGAAUAUUUCAGAUGCUCAAAAUUAUCGUCCUGUUGAGGAUUUGUUUCGCAUACACUUGUCUGAGAAGAAGCGGGCUCGCAGGAUACUGGAGCAAGUUUGUAAGGUUGGAUGCAAGGCUCCUGUUGCCAUGAUCUCCUCCUGUGGUAUGAUACCAGGAAAUCCAUACCCUAAAGGUAGACCCAGCCUGGUCAGUGGCACAUUCCCUGGAAUCCCUCCAGUAAAGAAAGAAGGUGACAAGAAAGAUGAGCCCUCUAACAGCCUAGAGGGGAAAGGAAUUGCUGCUCGCAUCAUUGGACCCUUCAAACCGUUUCCCUCAACCUACAACCCUCAUCGGCCUGUGCCCUACCCUAUACCACCGUGCAGACCCCAUGCCACCAUCGCUCCAAGUGCGUACAACAACGCAGGCCUUGUUUCUGUGGGAGGGGUUAUAACAGCCAACGUGCCCCCUCCCCCCUACAGCUCCACCCACAAAGUUGCAGGUUAUGCCAAACCAGGCAAUCCACAGCACACCACACCUGGAGUCAACAGCGGGCCCCUCCUCAUCCCCCAUGGGUCCACGCCUUCUACCCCUGUCCAACCCCAAGCUUCUCCUGCUCAGCCACCUCCAACAACCCCUAUCACACCAGUUUUCCCCGGCAUGGUGCCCUCUCACAACCCAAAUGCCCCCUCUCCCUCCCCUGCUCCAUCCCCAUCUGUGAUCAAAGCAGGUCCACAGACCCCCACUGGCCAUGCCACACCUACACCCUCAUCUGUCAUUAAAGCUCACACCCCUUCAGGCACCCCUUGUGGAACUCCCAUCCCCGGCAGCGGGGGUUUUUCACCUUCCCCGUUCCAUGGCGUUUCCCGACCUGGCACCCCUGCUACCUCCCGCAGCGGCCCAGACCCCUUAUCUCAGACGAACUCCAUGGGCUCAACUCAGCAGAGGGUUUAUUCCCAGUCCACAGACCACCAGUCAGGACCCACCCACCCUGGCAUACACCCACAAUCAGGUAACCCCUCUGGGUCAGUGAUCAGAAGUUACACCCCCUCUGCACCAUCCACUCCAGUUAUUCCAAACUGUUCCACCCCAGGCCCCAGUCCCAAACCCUCGCCAGCUCAUUCUGCACAGAUUCAGGCCGCCAUGGCUGCGGCUGGAGCCCUGAACAGACACACCGGGGGGAGUAACAGUGGCAGUAACAGCCCUGUGCCUUCUGCUUUCAAAGGCACCUCUCGCUCUGGCACUCCGUCUCUUAGCUCGCUUGUGGUACCAGGUUCUGCGCAGGCUGCCCUAGCUCGCUCCUUGGGUCUGUCACACCCCUCAGGUUCUCCUCAAGUCUCUCUCUCUAGUCCUGUUGCCAUCACCGGCCUCCAAGGUCUGUCCUCCAGCCCGGCACCCUCUCAUUACCCCGGCCUGUCCCCCUUUUCCUCACUUUCCUCCUCGCUCCCUUCUUCCUCCAUGCCUUCUUCCAUGCCUGCAAUGCCUCCCACUACCAACAUUUCAAACCAUCCACAAACCUCCAUCUACCCAGGCCUGACUUCCAACACUGCCCCUGCCGCAGCCUCCCCCUUCGGUCUGGGCCUCACCUCUGGCCCCUCUAUAUUCCCAGGCCUCCCGCCUGGGCCUAGCACUGCUGCCUUCCCGGGGUUGGGGGUUUCAGGGGGCCACGGCGCUGGGAGCCCUGUGUUGUCUUCAUUCAUGGGACUGCCAGGGGCCUCUUCGUCUUCAGUAGCAUCCGUGGCACCUCUGCAGGCAGCUGCAGUGGCAGCAGCAGCUGCAGCUGGAGUUCCAUCAUCAUCGCCAGUUUUGCCAGGCUUUGCGUCUGCUUUCAGCUCAAACUUCCAGCCUGGGUUGAGCAGUGGACUCCAGCCUCCAGGAAGCAGCGGGUUCCCCGGCUUGCUGUCCUUCCCUGGAGUACCAGGCUUCUCUCCCUCUGCCUCCCCUGCUACCCUCAGCGGCCUCCACAACCCAGCCAUGCAGUCUGCACUGCUGCAGGCUCAUCCCACAUCUGCUUUGGAGAGCUUUCCUCCUCAGUCCAACAGCUUCACCAACUACCCUGCAGGGCCAGGAAACCCCUUCCCCCUCCAACCAGGCUUGCACCCCCAGUUGGGUUGGCAGUGAAACACACACUACACUUUGAAACAUUGAGUACACUUACACGCUGAUCCCUAUCGUACACCCUGCCCUACCUUUUUAGCAGCUGACACGUUUUCUUUUUUGGCCUUGAACUCUGAAGAGCACAGGACAGAUUGAAAGAGUGUCAGUAAUGCGUAUGUUACAGCCAGAACGACUUACUGCUACAGGAAACACAAUCAUGAAAACAGAUACAUUUCCUACAUUAUUCAUAGUGAACAGUUGUAAAUAUCAGUUGUCAAAGUUGUUAGGUUUUGAAAGUAGACCGUAACUGGUUUUAAUGUUAGCUGGCUGUUUUUAAUCGAGUUUAUCAACAUUUAUUAGUGAAUAAUGAAUUCUAGAAAUGGAAACGUGUACAUGAUAUCAUGUAAUGAAUUGACGGUAUCCCGAUGUAGUAUUUUAUGUCAGGUCUCAGUGGAAAGGACGUGAAUGAUUCUGAUUGACUGUCCUGAGCUGAAUAUUGUAUUAUGACAUGGAAUUUUUAGGUGACUCAUUGUUUAUUGAGCUGUAUGGCGCAAUCAUAUUUUGAAGUGGAUACACCUUAAAUAAUUUGUGAACCUUGUGAUGUGUAAAGGUGGGAAUGUUGUACACAAAAACCUGCAUCAGCCAGCGUCACUUAUGGUAUUUUCAGUGAACACACACUUGUGGCUUAUGGUUUACUGUGAAUAAAAUUUGACCGAUGUCACGAUGCUAGUGCUAUUAAUACAGUAUUUGACCAGGUAUACUGUAUGCAGACGUUUCUGACAACUAGCAUAAUAUUGAUUGAUUUAUGGACUUGAGAUAUAAAAUGUCUGUAUUCUUCAAAAAUGCUUUGCAAGAUAGUAAAAGUGUAAUUUUACCUCAGUUACUGUACGCCUCGGUACACUCAGAGACAGUUGAGAGUAACUGAUACAUUUUGUCGCUUUGUGUUUUAUUUGUUUUGCUCUUAUUUUUGUAUUCGCACCUGUUUUAUUAUUUUGUCAGUAAACUGCUGGUUGCUGUAGCUGUCGCUGUAUCUCUAUUCUGUGUGACGCUAUCAAGGAAGCCCCGUGAAUAGAAGUAUUGAAGGUGGAAAAAACAACGUGUAGAUAAUUAAUGACGGCUAAAUGCAGAUUGUGUAGUUAAAAGCCAGCUAUCAUUUUAAAGAGGUGUAACAAGCACCUAUUUAUGUG